AUGACCUUUCAAGUUGUCAGUGGUCCAUAUGCAAUCGCUAUCGCAGAUUUGAAUCAUGAUCAAAUACUUGAUUUAUUGGUGACGAAUACGGUCGCAAACAUUGCUAGUGUUCUUCUUGGUUAUGGUAAUGGCACCUUUGCACCACAGAAUUCGUUUGUCACAGGAAUUAUGCCAGAUUCAAUCGUUACGACUGAUUUUAAUCACGACAAUCAUGUUGACUUCGUUGUUGCGAAUUAUGUGAGUCAGAGUGUGACUGUACAUUUGGGUAUUGGCAACGGUACGUUUCUGAAUCGUUGUAGUUAUAUUACUACAGACGCUCCGGCAGCAUUAGGUACUGGUGAUUUAAACGAAGAUGAAAACAUGGAGUUAAUCUCUUUGAAUUGUGGAAAUAGUUUGAUCAAUGUGUUUUUGGGCUAUGGAAAUGGCACUUUCUGUCUUUCAUAUACCUACAUGGAUUUCGAUUGCUCGGCCUCAGGUGUGAUCGGCGAUUUCAAUGGCGACAAUCACCUUGAUGUCUUGAUUAGUCUAUUUGGAUCAGAUCAUUUUUCUUUGAUGUUUAGUGAUGGCACAGGAGCUUUGGGUAAACCGCAACUGUUUAAUUCACAUCAUCAGUCGCUCAUGUUGGUUCUCUCAGAUUUCAAUGGCGAUCAUGGGUUGGAUUUCGUUGUUUCGGAUAGCCAGACAGAUGUGGGCGCAUACUUGAAUGAAUGUAUACGAUGUUCACUUAGUAGAAAAAAAAAUUCAAACUUUAGACUUCUCUAG